AUGAAGAAGCUAGGAAAGCAGCUUAUGUGGAAGUUUGAGAAGUCUGAGAUGGGUGAUAUUCUGGACCAAAUCGAACGAAUCAAAACACUUGUCAGCAUUGCUCUCACCGAUGACCUUUUCAGUCUUUCCCAAGCCAUGAAACAAGAGCUCAGUGCCAUAGGUAAAAGAAUUUCUGGGAUCAAUAAUGGAGUCAUAGCACUUCAUGACCGUCAGCAGAGAAUAAGCGAGGGUGUUUCGGAUAUUAGUGUUGGUGUGACUUUCCUCAAUCUAGGACAGCAAGAGGAGGAGCGUCGCAAGAUUGAAGAAAUGGCUGUCUCCAAUAAACUUCAAGUCUAG